UUUGAGGCUAAGUGCUUUGCUAGAGCAGGAGUCGUAUUCCCGAGCUCUCUGGAUUCUAUAAGUAACGGCAGCCCAGGAUCUUCACAUUUCGCUCCCUCAUUCUCAUUUUCCUAAAUUUGGUUUCAUUCAUUUGUAUUGGGGCACCGCCGAGAGCAUCAGUGGGAGAAGAUGGUUCACCACUCGGGGUCGAUUCAGUGCUUUAUGCAGCAUAAAGGUAUGUUUAAAAGUAAAAGUGGAACUGAUAAGGUGCAUCAAAUGAAGCCCUCAAGGAGGAGCAUGCCAUGCUUAGCCCAAAGUCAAACACAUCCUCAGCAUCUCAACAAACACACUUCAGUACAGAAUCGAGUGCAAGCACAGCCGGUUAGCGAAGGAACUACAGAAAGUGACCUAGAACAGCACAGAGAUUCAACAAAGGAAACUUACACGGAUGAUUCUGAGCACGGGGCCUACGACAGCCGCACAGAUCAAUCUCUACUAAUUCAGCAAAUACUCACCAGCCAGAAGCAAGGCUCUCGGAAAUCCCAAAAGUCUAAAGAAGAUUUGCUGAACACGGAUAAACACAUCUUUGAAAGAUUUCCAACAAAACCAGUUCGGGAUGAACUGGGCACUGUUGCGUCACUGGGACUCUUCUUCAAAGACGGAAUAAAGCUUAUCGAUUAUAUCUUGGUGUAUAAGAAAUCAAGUGCACAACUUGAAAAACGCAGCACCUUUGAAAAGAAUCUCCGAGCUGAAGGUCUAAUGUUGGAAAGAGAAACUGCCAUAACCAACAAUGAUAUCAUGUUCGUCAAAAUCCACUGUCCGUGGGACACGCUGUGCAAAUAUGCAGAACGGAUGAACAUCAGAAUGCCCUUUAGGAAAAAAUGUUAUUACACUGACUGGAGGAGCAAAACGAUGGGCAGUUUGCAAAGGAACAUGAGGCAGCUUAAAAGCUGGCUACCCAGAAACCCAAUGAAGCUUGACAAAGAAGCCCUUCCAGACCUCGAAGAGACAGACUGCUACACAGCUCCCUUCAGCCGUGCACGGAUGCACCACUUUACAAUAAACAACAGAGACACAUUCUUUAGCAACUCCACAAGAAGUCGGAUUGUGCACCAUGUUUUGCAAAGGACAAAAUAUGAAGAUGGGAAAUCCAAGAUGGGUAUCAACAGACUGCUCAGCAACGGCACAUAUGAAGCUGCUUUUCCACCACAUGAGGGAAGUUACAAAAGUAGGCACCCAAUCAAAACCCAUGGGGCACAGAAUCACAGGCAUUUGCUUUAUGAACGCUGGGCUCGAUGGGGAAUGUGGUAUAAGUAUCAGCCAUUGGAUUUAAUCAGGAGAUAUUUUGGAGAGAAGAUCGGCCUUUACUUUGCAUGGUUGGGCUGGUACACUGGCAUGCUUAUCCCUGCCGCUCUUGUUGGAUUGUGUGUGUUUCUGUAUGGAUUGUUUACCAUGGACUCCAGCCAAGUAAGCAAAGAGAUUUGUGAAGCCAAUGAAACAAUCAUGUGCCCAAUGUGUGAAAGGAACUGUACCCUCCAGCGGCUGAACGAGAGCUGUAUAUAUGCAAAGGUGACAAAUUUGUUUGACAAUGGGGGCACGGUGUUCUUUGCAAUAUUCAUGGCCAUAUGGGCUACUGUCUUCCUUGAGUUUUGGAAGAGAAGAAGAGCUGUUCUGACAUAUGACUGGGAUCUCAUUGACUGGGAAGAUGAAGAGGAGGAACUGCGUCCUCAGUUUGAAGCCAAAUACUCCCAACUGGAGCGUGUGAAUCCAAUCACUGGCAAGCCAGAGCCUUUCCAGCCUUUCAGUGAUAAGCUCAGUAGGCUGAUGGUGUCUGUGUCAGGGAUAUUCUUCAUGAUAUCGCUGGUGCUAACGGCAGUGUUUGCUGUUGUUGUCUACCGUUUAGUUGCUAUGGAGCAAUUUGCAUCAUUUAACUGGCAUUUUAUUAAGAAGUACUGGCAGUUUGCAACAUCUGGCACUGGGGUUUGCAUAAACUUCAUGAUCAUUAUGUCACUCAAUGUGGUUUAUGAAAAAGUUGCUUAUCUUCUUACUAAUUUAGAGCACCCAAGAACAGAUUCAGAAUGGGAAAACAGUUUCGCCUUGAAAAUGUUCCUUUUCCAAUUUGUCAACUUAAACAGUUCAAUUUUUUACAUUGCAUUUUUCCUGGGCAGAUUUGCAGGACGACCAGGGAAAUACAACAGACUGUUUCAAAGGUGGAGACUGGAAGAGUGUCAUCCCAGUGGCUGCCUCAUAGACCUGUGCUUACAAAUGGGAGUCAUAAUGGUAUUGAAGCAAAUGUGGAAUAACUUCAUGGAACUUGGAUACCCACUGCUACAGAACUGGUGGUCUCGGCGGAAGAUCAAGAAAGGCAGCCAGAUGGCAGAAAACAAAUGUACAAUGCCCCAGUGGGAAAAAGACUGGAACUUGCAGCCAAUGAAUGCACAUGGCCUUAUGGAAGAAUAUUUAGAAAUGGUUAUACAGUUUGGCUUCACUACAAUAUUCGUUGCUGCUUUUCCUUUGGCGCCACUCCUUGCAUUGCUGAACAACAUCAUUGAGAUAAGACUGGAUGCCUACAAGUUUGUAACACAGUGGAGAAGACCCAUGCCAGCCCGGGCAACUGAUAUCGGUAUCUGGUAUGGCAUCCUGGAAGGGAUUGGCGUCCUUGCUGUUAUCACCAAUGCCUUUGUUAUUGCCAUCACCUCAGACUAUAUCCCCCGUUUUGUCUAUGCAUUCAAGUAUGGUCCAUGUUUAGAUCAAGGAUACCGACAUGAAAAAUGCCUUGAAGGUUAUGUAAAUAGCAGUUUAUCUGUAUUCGAUCUAAAAGAGCUCGGGCAGGGAUAUUCCGGAUACUGCAGAUACAGAGAUUACCGAGAGCCUCCUUGGAGCUCCAACCCCUACGAAUUCACGUUACAGUUCUGGCAUGUUCUCGCUGCACGGUUGGCUUUUAUUAUUGUUUUUGAGCACCUUGUAUUUGGAAUCAAAUCCUUCAUUGCCUACCUGAUCCCUGAUAUGCCUAAAGACUUGUGUGAUCGAAUGAGAAGAGAAAAGUACCUGGUCCAGGAGAUGAUGUAUGAAGCUGAGCUGGAACAUUUACAGCGGGAGAGGAAAAAGAAUGGGAGGCACUAUAACCAUGAAUGGCCUUAGCUGACAGCACAAGAUUUUGACUCUGCACAAACCGAAUGGAUCAUGAUCUUAUUCUACAUAUACAGUAUAUAUGCGUAUAUUGUAUUUUUUGAAAACUGGAACAGAAGCCAGAAUGGACUGGUCCAUUUGGUGACCUUUCGGAAGAACCUCAAAGCAGAUACCUCGGGAUAAUUGAAGAUGUGGCCUCUUAUAUAUUUUUACUUGUUUCAUGGCGAUGCAUGAAGAUCUUUUUCAGUUGGGGCAUGUCCAAAGACCACAUUGACUUGAACAUACUAUUUGCUUUGUGCUUUCUGGAUGAGGAAAGAACAGAGUUUUGUUUGUAUUUUGCAGGCUGUGUACUGCCCGGAGCAAGCGCAGCUCCUGCCAUUGAUAUCAGCAGCUUUAAAAUGCCUUGUUACCAUGCAAUGCAUGGAGAUACCAUUUCAACUUUAAUUCCAUUGUGCUCACCAACUACUUAAGGUUUCAUAACGUGAGGACAGACUAGGAGGAUGUGACUUGGUAACAUAUUAAAUCCACUGCCCCAAUACUGUAUUUAUCUUAAGUACCAGGACCAUCACACUAAACUCACUUUACACUUGAAGGGGAACUAUCUCCAAAAUGAAAAUUUAAUAUAAGCGUCAUCAUACUGAAAUAAGAAAUUUUCUAAAUACAA